AAUGGAAUAUAAUAGAAAUGUGUUAUUCUCUAAUUGAACAGUAGAUGGCGGUAAACAAUAGCUAGAGGCUUGACACCAGCUUGACACCUUACACCGCAUCCGGUUCUUUGUUUGACGUGGUAUCCGGACAAAUUUAGGCUAAUGUUAACCAGAAUACAACAUUUUUAAAUGAACUACUGGUAGCUUUAAGACUGUUUGAAAUGUUUGACUCAUUUGGUCGAUGCAAGGGAGAGUAAUCUGCAGUGUUGUGGCGACUUCAUUCUACUCGUCCGCUCUACCUAGCGAACUAUUUAGUUACAUAUGGCAGGGACAGUUCAUUGUUAGCUUAGCUUUAGCCAUGCUCUCAGACUCGGCUUUCACUUGUCUUUUGGGUUGCUUGUGACAGGGACCACAGCUACUAGCUAGCUUGGUAGCUAGCUAGCUAAGCAUAUUUUCCAGUAUUAACGUUUUUGUGUUUCUCGCGUUGUUGCUUGGACCUUUAGUGUCUGUCUCAAUCCGUGUAACAGCGGGGGUCUGUAGAAGCUGCACCUCGUUAGUGUUAACACGUACAAUUAGUUGUUAGCAAGCUAGCUAACCGGCCAACUUUGAGGAAACGUCUUUUUUAUGACAUUUAAAUUGAUGUUGACGUUGCCUUCACCUGGACAAUAAUCUCCAUUAACUCAAGAAGGCCUGUCAUAGUCUGCUAACAUUUUUCACCACCCAGUCAAGAACUGGAGCUUUCAUUUCUGUGGUUUGUGGUUAUUUUCCUGCCACGAUGGCUUCUUCCUCUGGAAACGACGAUGACCUCACCAUCCCUAGAGCAGCUAUCAACAAGAUGAUUAAGGAAACUCUCCCUAACGUACGAGUGGCUAACGACGCGAGGGAGCUUGUGGUGAACUGUUGCACAGAGUUCAUACACCUCAUUUCCUCAGAAGCUAAUGAAAUAUGCAACAAGUCCGACAAGAAGACCAUAUCUCCUGAGCAUGUCAUCAAUGCCCUAGAGAGCCUUGGUUUCGCAUCGUACAUCACGGAGGUGAAAGACGUCCUGCAGGAGUGUAAAACUGUAGCUCUGAAGAGGAGGAAAGCCAGUUCUCGACUGGAGAACCUGGGUAUCCCAGAGGAAGAGCUCCUCAGACAACAACAGGAAUUGUUUGCCAAGGCGCGGCAGCAGCAGGCAGAGCUCGCCCAGCAAGAGUGGUUACAGAUGCAGCAGGCUGCCCAACAGGCACAGAUGGCAGCCGCAUCUGCCAGCGCUGCCCAGCAGGCUGGUUCCUCUCAGGAUGAAGACGAAGAGGAUGACAUUUGAUCCUAGGACGCCGUUCUACUUGUCCGAAUCCUUUCCUGGGACAGUGUUAGCACACAAAUCUCCCAGUGCUGUCAUCGGCAGAGACAUGAGGCGUGUUUGACUGCUGGUAUACAUAAAUGUAACAAGGAUAAAGCACAUUGGAAUAGACACUGAAGAGAAAGAUGGAGGGGGAUUUCAUGAAACCCACACGUUCAGACACCAGUACCUGAAAAUGAUUUGGAUUGAGAGGCUAUUAAUGAAGUCUCAUCCCCCUUCCUCC